GUCUUAUUGCUCAUAGUGUCCCGCUCCUGUCCGGUCCUGCAGGGACACGCGCCUCAACCAACGGCAAAACUCUGAAAUAGAGUCUGAAACUUGUGUGUAGAAGAGGCUUUACUUUUACUAUUACCUCACAAUAAUAGAGCACGCUAACCUUUGAUACUCAGGGCGUUAUUAAUGACAUUGUUAAACUUGGGCAAGAGGGUAAGCUUGUUCAAGACACUGAGAAGCGGGAAAGAAUCUACAGGUGUUUGAAGAGCCGCGAGACUGAAGGAGCACCGCACGCGCCAGGCGCGAGCACAGACACGCGGCAAUCAGGAGCAGAGCGCGACCCCCGACCCGUAAAAAAGCGUCACAGAGAAAAAAAAGAGAGUGAGAGAGAGGGAGGGAGAGAGAGAGAGAGCAAUAGAGAGAGCGUGCGAGAGACGCGGCCGUCCCAAGAAUGAUGUCCUACAUAAAGCAGCCCCAUUAUGCUAUGAACGGGUUAACACUGUCCGCCUCAGGAAUGGACCUGCUCCACACCGCCGUCGGCUACCCAGGCAAUCCAAGGAAGCAGCGUCGGGAGCGCACUACCUUCACACGGACCCAGCUGGACAUUUUAGAAGCCUUGUUCACCAAAACACGCUACCCAGACAUAUUCAUGCGAGAAGAGGUGGCUCUGAAAAUCAACCUUCCAGAGUCCAGAGUUCAGGUUUGGUUCAAGAACCGUCGUGCUAAAUGCCGCCAACAGCAACAGCAGACCAGCGGUCAGCCCAAGCCCCGUCCCCCUAAAAAGAAGUCCUCUCCACCCCCUGAACUGACCUCUGACCCUGGUGCCAGCUCCUCAGUGGCGACUGUCUCUGCCCCAGCCGUGCCCCCUAGUGCCAGCACAGGCACAGCACCAGUUUCUGUGUGGAGUCCCACCUCUCUAUCCCCCCUUCCUGACCCACUGUGUGGCUCCGGCACACCUUGUGUGCAGCGCCCUGCUCCCUAUCCUAUGAGCUAUGGUCAGCCCUCCGCCUAUAGCCAGGGCUACAGCUCCUCUCCUUAUUUCAGUGGAUUGGAUUGCAGCCCGUACCUCUCUCCCAUGACCAGUCAGCUGUCCGCAAGCGGGGGAGCCCUCUCUCCCCUCACCAUGCCCUCCAUGGGCGGCUCACUCAGCCAGUCGCCCUCCCUCUCCUCCCAAGGAUACAGCACCUCCUCGCUGGGUUUCAGUUCUGUAGACUGCCUGGACUACAAGGACCAGCAGGCCUGGAAGCUCAACUUCAGUACCGUGGACUGCCUCGACCAUAAAUUCCAGGUGCUGUAGAAGAGAAAGUGAGCAAGUGAAGAAAAAGAACUAGAGGGAAGGAGAAUUAGGAGAAGACGGAUGAAGAAUAAAUGAAACUAAACUGUUGCUUGAAAUGCCGGAGACAUUAAGAUGAUGAACAGAACUGAAUCAGAUGGGAUUCACGUGAUCUCAGAGGUGAAAAGGGGUGCCCAUUUUGGAACAGGUGAAGACUGAUCCUCUGUAAUCCAGACCUGCUCUGUGAUUGGCUGAGAGUGAAGGGACUCCUCAAGUCUACUGAUCAGUUAUCAUUAUUAACCAUUUACCUCACACACACACACAUACACAGAGAGAGAGAGAGAGAGACUAGAACAUAUUUCACAACACACUAAAGUAAAUAUCAAUAAAACUCACACACACACACACACACACACACACACACACACACACACACACACACACACACACACACACACACACACACACACACACACACACACACACAGACACACAUAUCACACAAAGACAAGCACAUAUGGUAAUUGGAGGGAAACCUCGGUUUCUCUACAGAUACAAUUAGCUCUUUAUGGGACAAAGUUCUUUCUACUUUUUUCAUUGGUUUGGUUUGUCUGUACUGAGAGGCAUUAGAAGUUAUUGUGUUGUGCUUUUAGCUUGCUGUUAUUUAUGUAUUGUUAAAUUAUGUUAACUUAUAACAAAUAAUGUUGUUUUCUGUUAGUUUGAGUUAAUCGUUACUAAUUAAACUUCAUUUAAUAACAUUA